UCGAUGCUAUUCUUUCUAAUUUCACUUCGUCAAAUUGAAAAUCGCGCGAGUCUACCGUAUAAUUCGAAGAUGUCAAAGUAUGCCAAAUACGAAGAGAAUUUAAUGUCCGAAUUCCAGUACCUUGGACAGAUUUUUAAUGAGUCAAUUCAUUUCGGUACAAGUUGGACAAUGUGGAAAUCAAAUUGGUUCAGCAUUUUGGCCUUUGGCGUUACACGAGUACGGUAUACAAACAACGAAUACUGGGAUGAAUUUACUUAAGACGCAACGAAGCCACAUUAAAAAUAUGAGCGAUUUGUCUGAUGCGUUUGAUAGUUUCUUUGUUAUACCUGAGAAUACACGCGAUUUAUGCUUUAAAAGUAUAACUGACUUAAAACGAGCUAAAGUCAGAGCUAGGGCAAUAUUGAUAGAUAUGGAGGAUAGUGUCGUAGGAGGGUUAAGGAGAGGACCUGUGCGUGACUUGUUUGACCAGACCUCCGUUGUAACAAAUUAUCCAGGCUCUGCGAAUAAUUGGGCUGUAGGUUAUCAUACCUAUGGUACAGAGUAUCAUGAUAAAUUAGAAGAUACUAUCAGACGUAUGGCAGAAAAAUGUUCUAGGUUACACGGUUUUCUAAUAAUGCAUUCUCUUGGAGGUGGUACUGGUUCUGGAUUAGGAACAGCUGUUCUAAAGCUACUGGCCAAUAAUUAUCCUACUGUAGAUAGACUAGUAUCUUGCGUAUAUCCAAUUGUUAUGCAAGAUGUUGUUACAGCUCCAUAUAAUGUAUUGUUGUCAACUCGAGAGCUCAUAGAUUAUGCAACUUGUGUAUUUCCUAUUGAGAACAAAUCCCUUUUGGAUAUAUGCAAUGCACAAUUGAAAAUAAGAAGUAACACGGAUCAGAUAAACUAUAAUAUCUCGUGUAAACCAUUUCAAGAUAUGAACAGCAUUGUUGCAAAUAUGCUUCUUCAUUUAACAAGCGGAUCUAGGUUCCCUGGCAACUUAAAUAUGGAUAUGAACGAAAUAGCGACGAAUCUUGUACCGUACCCAAAAUUACAUUAUAUAUUUAGCAGCGUUAGUCCAUUAGCAUUAUCAGCGCCGACGAUGUGCAGUAUGCGAGAAACAAAGCUAAUAGAUGAAAUAUUUACCAAUGCAUGGUCACGAAAUAAUCAAUUGAUUAAAAUAGAUCCGCUACAAUCAGGUUCCAUGAUUUUAAGCGCUGCACAUAUUGCUAGAGGACUCUGCCCUGUGAACGAUUUAAAACGAAACAUUGAGAGAUUUCGGAAAAAAGUUACGUUCACAGAGUGGAGCAACGAAGCUAUGAAAGUAGGUUUGUGUUCUGUACCUCCAGCUGGGCACUCAACCUCUUUGUUGAGUCUUUUAAACUCUUCCUCGAUGAUAUCCUUAUUUAAAAACAUAAUAGAACAGUUUACCAGACUGUAUAGAAGGAAGGCACAUGUGUAUCACUACACGCAAGUAUGCGGUUUUGAAGAAACGCAUUUCAUUGAUAGUAAAGAGGUAAUCUCAAACUUAAUUAUGCAGUACACAGAAGUGCAAAGCCAAACUCAGAAGAAUAUUUCUCGGUUACAGAUCGUUUAA